UACCUUCAACACGGUUUACCUAAUUUUAAGUUCCUCCACGAUACCACGAGAUUGAGUCAAAGGAACUCAAUUUUAGGUAGUUUUUCGUUUCCGUGUACUGAUUUUUGACGUUUUGAUCAUCUCAAUUUGAUAACAACAGAAACUAUCCCAUUAAUCGUAAAACUUCUGCUCAAAAGAAUAGAUUUUCACUCACUAAUUACUGAUUUAUUGGUUUAAAUUAGAAAAAAAGAAUGGCUAUUUUCGAGUGGCGGAAGUUCAACUUUUUUGAUCUGCGGUUAGGAGUAGAUAAGAACCAGGUUUCCGAAACCUUGCAAGGAGCUCGGAUAACGGCCACAGCUAGUGGAAACAAUCUGGUAGUAAUAUGCGACUCUGAUGGAAUGAUCCACACAUUUUCCCGUUCUUGGGAGCCGAUUAGCUUCAAAGGGCACGAAGGAAUGAUUAUGUUAUGCGACGUUUCCAAGCAGAUUAAUUUACUGGUGACCGUUGGCGAAGAUAUUAAUGGGCCAUCGUUUAAGGUGUGGAACAUGGGAAAAAUUUCAUCCGUUACGGGAGCACAGUGUCUGCGCACAGUUCGUACGAUGGUUUCAGUACCAAGUGCAUUGGCCGUUUCCGAAGGUGGUCAAUUCAUGGCGAUUGGUUUUGCAAAAGGUAAUAUUUCGUUAUAUAGAGGAGAUAUUAGUCGGGAUAGGUCCAAAACGCUAAAACAGCUGACAGCUGGUACCACGUCAAUAACGGGAAUUGCGUUCAAGCAUUUUAGCAAGGUUACUCAGAUGUUCGUCUGUUCGGACUCGGGAGUGUACUUGUACAAUCUGCAGAGCAGAGAUAGGGAAGUUCGGGUCAUACUAGAUACGAUUCAAUCGACUGUUGGUUGUUGCGCUUUGCAGAUGGGUCACAACGAGGGUCACUUCAUGGUCGGUCGUGCCGAUGCCGUGUAUUGCUAUACUUCAGAUGGACGUGGCCCUUGCUAUGCACUGGAGGGAAAGAAAACCCUGCUACAGUGGUUCCGAUCGCAUUUGCUUAUUGUGUCCAAGAAUUCCCGAACGAGUGGUGCAAACACGGAAGGCUUUGUUCUAACGGUUAUUGACAUUCAAAACAAAUUUAUCGUGUUUACCUGUCCCAUUGAAGAUGUGGCGGCGAUACUAACGGAAUUCGGUUCGUGUUUCAUUCUGACGGAAUCCAAACAGAUUUUCCAUUUGGACGAAAAAGACCUGCAAAGCAAGCUGAAUUUAUUGUUUAAAAAGAAUUUGUACGAUAUUGCAGUGCGAAUAGCGAAGAGCAAUCAAUACGAUGCAGAUGGUCUUGCAGGGAUUUUCAAACAAUAUGGAGAUCAUUUAUACAGUAAGGGUGAUUUCUCCGGAUCAGUUGAUCAGUACAUCAAAACUAUAGGCUUUCUGGAGCCGUCCUAUGUAAUCAGGCGGUUUUUGGAUGCAAGACAUAUUCACUAUCUGACGGAUUAUUUGCAAGCAAUUCAUAAAUCUGGACGGGCUUCGGCUGACCAUACUACGCUGCUUUUGAACUGUUUCACGCGAUUGGAUAGAACGGAACAGUUGAGACAGUUCUUGGAGAAUGAAAAUAAGCUGAAUUUGUUCGAUGUGGAUGUUGCGAUCAAGGUAUGCCGAAAUGCAUCUGUGGAACAGGCACUUGCGCUAGCGAAGUCUCACGGUAAACACGAUUUGUGUCUUAGUAUUCUAACAGAAAAUCUGUGCCGAUACGAGGAUGCUUUAGACUACAUACUUCAGCUAGACUUUCCGGAAGCCGAAAGGAAUGUAAAAAAAUAUGGAUUUCUGUUAAUGGAGCACUCGCCAGAGCAAACUAUUCGUCUGUUGAAGAAGCUUUGUAAAGACUAUGUUAGCACAGAUAUGGGCACGAGCGCUUUGCAAGACCAUUUUGGCGAUGAUCUCCCAGAACUACUCGAUAAUGGUUUUAAUAGUGACCGAGGCAAUCCCGAAGAUUUCAUUCACCUUUUCUCGAAUGAUACAAUGCUAAUAGACUUUCUCGAAUAUUUAAUACAACACCUUCCGUCGUGUAGUAAGUUUGUGUACAACUGUUUGAUCGAACACUAUCUCUACCGCUGGCAGGAGGAACCUUCGAUUGAGCGUAAGCUGCUGGAUGUGCUGAAAAAUGAUGCUGACCGCUACGACAAAAAACAUGUGCUCAUUCAGUGCCGGGUGUACCAGUUCUGGCCGGGAGUUCUGUAUCUGUACGAAGAAGAUAAACUCCAUCAUCUGAUUAUAAGGCACUGUCUGAAGAAUAAGGACUAUGAAAAUUUGCUAAGCUACUGCAGGAAGCUAGGGCCGCAAGACGCAUCGCUUUGGCUGCUGGCACUCAACGGAUUAAAAAAUGAUAGGGGUGCACCCUCGAAACUGUUGUCGCAGGUUCUGCAUGUCAUAGCACAAGAGAAAUUGCAAGCGCCCCUGCAAAUUCUCAACUGUUUGGUGGUAGAGAGUGGCCCUACUUUGCUGUCAGUGCGAGACUACUUCAUGCAAGUUUUCCAGAAGGAGCAGGAAUCAACUCGCCACGAUGAGGACCUAACGAAGAAAUACAGCGAAAAAUCAAUAUCGAUCAAGAAUCACAUCAAACACCUACAGGAAGGAAACGUUGAGUUCCGAAACACCGUAUGUGACACAUGCAAGCAACCGCUUUCUUGGCCCGCAUUGUUCUUCCUGUGCAAGCAUUCAUACCAUCAAGAUUGCAUUCGUGGUUACUCAGAAACCGAACGGGACUGUCCGGUGUGCAACAAAACAAACAUUCAGCUGAUGGAUGCACUACGUGCACAGAGUGAGUCACGUGGUCAGCAUGAUCCAUUCCACAAUUUGCUGGAUCGUUCACUGGAGCCAUUUUCUGUGGUUGCUGAGUACUUCGGUCGUGGUUUGUUCAACAAACUGCUGAUCGUCGAAGAGGAAGACAGCAAACCGGAGCAUGUCGCAACUUCAACCGAUACUAAAACUCACGAACAGAUGACACAAUCCAUUCCAAAGCGACCCGUCGAUCCAGUCACGAAAAGCUACCCAAACUAUGGAGUAGGCGCCGAAGCAAGAAUGCGACAGGAGGAAGGACGCCAUGCGCAGGUACGACUGGAAGCGCAGGAAAGUGAAAUGCGGCUUCGAUUGAUGGAACAAGAACGAAUCCGCCAACGCCAACAAGCAGGUUUGCUUGUACAACAACAGUUGAAGCUCAGGGAUGAACGUAGUCCUAACAGAUCACCCUAUGGUAGCCCGAAACCACCGGGAAUUUUAGCCAACAAUGCUAAACCGAUGGCAGCCGCGGGCAAAAAACCAGUUGGCGCUAAGGCGAGUAAUCCCUUCGAUGUGGACGAAGAUGUCACCGGAUAUGAUGACACAAAGAAUCCCUUCGCAGAGAGUGAAGUAGUACCAUCCAAGAAAGUGACUGAUGGUGGUAAUCCUUUCGAACAGGAGUAUGAUAGUAGUCUGGAUCCUUUUGCGGAGUAGAUUUUAUAGGUAUUUACGAUUGAUACAUAUAAGUGCGCAAUAAUCCAUAAAAAAUGUAAUCGUAUUCGUCCAUGAUAUGGAAUCGUCUUUAUGAACAAAAAUUGUGUAGCGAAAAGAUGAAUGUCAAAGAUAAACACUUAUAUAUAAUAAUUAUUAUUAUGGCCAAA